AUGCAAAAAUUAGAAUUAACUUCAGGACAAAACAUACAGUACUUCGAAUAUCCCAGACAAUUCUUCAGUACCGUACAGAUGAUCACCUGCUGGGGUGACAGUUUUCAUCGCGCCUCAGCUGUAGAGAGUACUCAUACGAUGAACAAACCUCAGUGUUUUGGGCAGGGGAUGGCAGGUGUUUAUGAUUUUGUAAAGUGA